AUGGUAUGCAAUCAUCAGGCCGCUCCCACCCUAUGCAUCCGACUUACUCCCGAAGUAGCUACGGCGAACGGCAAUUCUUCACUUCCAUAUCGGUCUCUAUUUUCAGAUCUAUGGAAUUCUUCUAGGCAGGGUCUGAAAAGAAAGUAUGCUAAAAAAUCUUGGAAACUCGCUAAUUAA